AUGAAUGAUAUUUUUGCCAAGAUUGCUCAGGAGACAAUCAGGUUCGGUCUCGGGGAUGAGGAGAAAUGGAGGGAGCUGUACGAGCCAUUUUAUUCGGAUCCCCCAUCAAAUGUGAAAGUUGUCAGAGAUGAGCGAUAUGGCCCAGCUAAGAGAAAUCGUUUGGACGUCUUUUUUCCUCAGAGCCACGUUGGCCAAAAGCCAGUCUUGUUGUACAUCCAUGGUGGAGGAUUCUUCUCUGGCGACAAGCUCUGGACUGAGAAGGUGUACUCCAACAUAGGUUGGUUCUUUGCCCAAUAUGGCAUUGUCACCGUUGUGGCAAAUCACCAGCUAGUCCCUCACGUGCAGUACCCUGGCGGUGCAGACGACGUACAAUUGGUUCGAGAAUGGAUUUACAAUAACAUCUCUUCUCCAAAGUAUGGGCAGGGCUCUCCUGAAAAGGUCAUCUUGUUCGGUCACUCUUCUGGUGGUGCUCAUAUUGCAGCCAAUCUCUAUGCUGCAGGCGAUCCCGAUCGAGUUUCGAAAUCAGCAUUCUCGCCCCCGGUUGCCGGUGUAAUCUACCUCGAUGUGCCCUUUUGGUAUGAUCGAACGAAGCCAGUCCGCCAAAAAACAAUCCGAUCUUACUAUGGCUCCGACGAUGAAUCUGUAUGGGGUCCCAAGUCUGCUGUUGGACUGUUCGAGCGUCUUCCAGAUGACUCACCAGUGCUGUAA